CCGGUAAAACCACCGCCGCGGACUGAAGCGCGUCAACCAUGGGUCAUAUGGUUCGGGCUCUCCGGCACUGGCCGAUGUUGCAGAAUCACUGUUUCGGUUGCACCGUACAUCAUUUUCUCUCAUCUCCGCCGUGGGUGGCCAAAAGAAUCGACUCUCGUCGACUAACUUUAGCUACCGUUCAUUCUGCUCGUCGCGAAGUCCAAUAUGGAUCGAAAGGUCUCAGAUUAUCCAAAGCUCAAGCUCCGGCCGAAUUCCAAGAAGAUGAGAGCGUUGAUGAGGACUUGGAUGUUAGAAAGAGCCGGAACCAGCUUAAACGGGAAGCUCGACGAGCCGUCCAAUGGGGCAUGGAUCUCGCGGCCUUCUCCACUCCUCAAAUUAAACGCAUCCUUAGAGUGGCGUCCCUCGAGAAAGAUGUCUUCGAUGCAAUAAUGCUUGUGAAGAGGCUUGGGCGUGAUGUCAGAGAAGGAAAACGAAGGCAGUUUAGUUACAUUGGAAAACUGCUGAGGGAUGUUCAACCUGAAUUAAUGGACAGUUUAAUACAGGCCACAAAAGACGGUGACCAUAGCAUGCUGCAGACAUUGUCUGGUUCGGUAGCAGUUGACGAUGAUGAAGAUACAGACUCUGAAUAUGAGGAGGAGGAAGAAGAGGGUCCGCAUGUGGACAUUGUUACAAGAUGGCUUGAUGGGUUAGUCAGUAAGGACAAGAACGUUACAAAUGAAAUUUAUUCGCUACAAACUGUUGAAUUUGACCGUCAGGAGCUGCGGAGACUUGUCCGAAAAGUGCACAUGGUUGAAGAACGCAAGGCGGCAACUGAAGAGAAUGAGGAUGAAGUCAAUGUGGCAAUAACAACCGCUAAGAAGCCCCUUGCUCGUUUUCUUUGUAGAAUGGCGAAACAACUGCCCCCUUAUGAACUCUAGUACAAAUUUAUUUGUGCACUACAUUAACUUCGCAUUCUUUCUUAUGCACACAUAUUUGUUUUUUAUAACCUUGCAGACUGUUAAUUCUCACUUCCAACACAUUUUUUCUUUUC